GAGUGGUUACAAAGCAUAAUUCAAAAUGGCGGCUCAGCGAGCUCAACUUGCGAGAAUAGUCUUAGGGAGUUUUACCUCAAGGAAUUACCCUUUAUCGGUCAGGGAUAGCGCGAAAAUAACAAAUUUUAUCACCAGCAAGAAGUUCUGCUCAGUUCAACCAAAACCAAGGAUUCCAAGGAUAUUUAGUGCAGUUUGUGUUCAACGUUUGCCUCAGAUCACCAAAGAGAAGUCAGAACUGGAAAAACGGUAUGAAGAACUUCAAGAUCAACUGGAGCUUGAACACAGUGCACUGUCAGAAGAUGAAGUAGAGUGGGAAGGAAUUCUAGAACGGAAGAGGAAGCUGAAGGAUGAUGACGAUGAUGAAAUUAUGGCAAUAGGAAUGAUGGNNNCGAAACAG